UGGAAGGACUUAAAUGUAUGUACCAAAAUAGUAAACUACAAAUCUUAUCAGUUUUGCUUGUUUGCAAGUGUGAUAUCCUUCACUUAACUUUUUUUUUUCUUCAAUGGCUAACCUUGGCAACCCUUCCAUAGCUAUUUCAACCGCCACCACUUGUUUGUUCAUGGUAGCAACCCUAUUGUUUAGCCAACACCUUACAGAGGCACAAAUUGGAGUAGCCUAUGGAAGGGACGGAGACAACUUACCAUCACCACAAGAUGUAGUAAACCUCUUCAAAUCCAACGGCAUCGGCGCGAUGAGGCUAUACUAUCCCGACCAUGCCACGCUUAACGCGUUACAAGGAUCAGGCAUCCGACUCACCCUAGGCGUCCCUAACGACAACAUUCAGUUGGUAGGUUCUAAUCUCUCAGCCGCAAAACAAUGGGUGCAAGCCAACGUUGUUCCCUUUGCAUCAUCGAUUAAAUACAUUUUGGUAGGAAACGAAAUUUCCCCAAAUGAUCAGAAAGCCUCAUCAGUCUUACCAGCUAUGCAGAAUGUUUUAAAUGCCCUAAAUGCGAACAAUUUAGGUGGCCAAAUUAAGGUUUCCACGUCCAUUGGUACAGAUCUAGUCGUAAACGCCUACCCACCAUCUAGUGGUCAAUUUGGUAACACCAACUACAUUAUACCUAUAGUGGACUUCAUAAAAAGCAAUGGUUCACCUUUGAUGGUUAACAUUUACCCUUAUUUUGCUUACGUAAAUAAUCGACAACAAAUUUCACUUGACUAUGCAUUAUUUACCGCACCCGGUACAGUUGUUACGGACUCUAAAAAUGGGAAAAAUUACCAAAAUUUAUUUGAUGCCUUAGCGGAUGCUACGUAUGCGGCUCUUGAUAGGGUUGGUGCACCUGAAGUUUCAUUGGUCACAUCCGAAAGCGGGUGGUCGUCAAAAGGUGGGUUCGCAGCAUCAGCCGCGAAUGCGAGGACGUACUACACCAAUUUGAUGAUGCAUGUAAAGAAAGGGACUCCGUUGAAACCAGGGAGGCCCAUUGAGACUUUCUUAUUUUCCAUGUUUGAUGAAGAUAAGAAACCAGGGGAUGAAACUGAACGUAAUUUUGGGCUUUUUAGUCCUAAUCAGCAGCCCAAGUAUGGCCCAUUGAACUUUAAUUGAUAAUACUCUCUAUAACUUAUGGGCUGGACAGCCCUUGUUGUGUAUGUUAGAUUUGGCCCAAGUGUGGUUGUGGGCCUGCUAUUGACUAAGUCAAUGGUAAGCCUAAUUUCUUGUUUAUCACUUCACUUUGUAAGUUUGUAAUGCUAUUUCUUUUUCGUGUUGCUAUUAAAAUUUCACAAGUACUUUUUUUUUUUUAAUGUUUGUCAAUGUAAACCUCUGAAUAUCAAUAUUAUCAUACGAGUAUUGUGUUUUUGUAAAAA